UCUCGCGAAUACCAAACACUUUUAACGUGAAAGCCUCCAUGUUGGACCGGGAGCACAGAUUAAAAUCCUGCAUUGAAAGAAGUCUUUAAUGAAGCUGGAUAACGUUACCCUUCAUGCUAAAUGUCAGAUAUUGCUCGACCGUAAACAAGGCUUCCUAAACGGACAUUUUCAUUAUUAUCAUAGUCUUGUAGCUAGCCAAUAGAUCGCUAGCUUGGUAGAUAGAUCGCUGUGGCAAACGUUUACAGUUUACACAGAUUAGCAAGAUAGCUAGCGAAUGUUAAACAUUGGAUACUUGGGGGCCUGUUUUGUGCCAGAAUAAUUUUGGCUUGACUUUGGCGUGUUUUAGAUUUUGUUUAUAUAUUUAGCGGUAUGCGUUUAGUCCCAUUUUCACUGCGUACUGACGGAUUAAAAACGAACACAACACCGCCGUUGCAGUGGUGUUUCGUGAACUAACGUUAGCUAGUACUAGAUACUACAUAGGAAAGCUAACAUUAAUAGCCAGCUAACACUGCGAGUGUUAGCCACUGAUAGCUGUGUGGCUAGCUAGCUGGCUAGCUGCCAUUAACAUCCACUACUAUCGUUAGCUAGAGGACCACAGCUACUCAAACCAGUUUAUUUCUGCGGGACUUGCAAGUCAUCUCGCCAACAGCUGAUACUGAAAAGAAAAAGAAAACCACUAAGGAUUGAACUGUUGUUUCCAUGGACAACACGUCCAUAAUUACGCAGGUUACCAACCCAAAGGAGGAGGAGAUAUUAUCGUCAACUCAAGAAAAGGUCUCGCUGUCCAACAGCAGCUUAAAGAAACAGAGGAGCCGGAGCAUCUUCAGCUCGCUCUUCUGCUGCUUCAGGAGCUACAAUGUGGAACCACCGGCCACCAACAACAACACCAGCGCCCUGCCUCCCCCUGUGGAGGAGAACGGAGCUCCACCCAAGUGUGCCCAGGUUGAGGUCCUCUCUAUCCCUAGUCCCCCAGCGAAAUACCUCCUCCCUGAGGUUAACAUAAACGAUUACGACAAGAAGUGUGUCGUGAUCGACCUGGACGAGACCCUGGUGCACAGCUCGUUUAAGCCCAUCAGCAAUGCUGAUUUCAUCGUUCCAGUGGAGAUUGACGGCACAGUUCACCAGGUGUAUGUGUUGAAGCGGCCUCACGUAGAUGAGUUCCUGCAGAAGAUGGGGGAGCUGUUUGAGUGUGUGCUCUUCACAGCCAGCCUAGCCAAGUACGCAGACCCCGUUGCAGACCUACUGGACCAGUGGGGUGUGUUCACGGCACGGCUUUUCCGGGAAUCUUGUGUAUUCCACCGGGGCAACUAUGUCAAAGACCUCAGCCGCCUGGGCAGAGAGCUCAGAAAUGUCGUCAUUGUGGAUAACUCGCCAGCAUCUUACAUUUUCCAUCCUGAAAAUGCUGUGCCGGUGCAGUCGUGGUUUGAUGACAUGUCGGACACAGAGCUGCUGGACCUGCUGCCUUUCUUUGAGGGACUCAGUAAGGAGGAGGACGUGUACGGAGUGCUGGAGAACUGGAGGGGCAGGUAGCCGCUGUGCCGCAAUAGGCCCCUUCCCAGCUGUGGCCGCCGUAGAGACCCCCCAUGGCCCGGGCCAGAGGGCCUCCUGCUGAACAGCACUGCAACCACCGCCGUGUGUGUGUGUGUGUGUGUGUGUGUGUGUGUGUGUGUGUGUGUGUGUGUGUGUGUGUAUAUGUGUAUAUGAGUGCGCGACCCCCAAUCCCUCUUCCAGAUGGACACGGUUCACUGGGGCCCUCAUGGCAGUGCUAUAUCUGCAGUAACACCUUUCUGCAGCUCUUGUUUUGAAAACUGGGCAACACGUACAUCGACACAACCGACUUGUUUUUUUUUUAUAUGAUAAAACAAGAGAUGAGAUUUUCUUGUUUUCUCAAGUGCUUAUUAAUAACCAAAAAUCAACAAAGAAACACACAAAAAAAUACAACAACAACCUAAUUCUUCUCUGGGAAAAGAGGAAGUCCUAAGUCUGACCUGGUCCUUGUAUUGUUGCUAUGCAGUCUCCAGUGAUUUUCAAAGGACUGUGGGGCAUCAUUUCUUUUCUUAUCAAAAGCAAGUGCCUUUUUUGAAUGUUAUUUUUACAGUAGGAAAAAAAAUACAUUUUUGUACAUGCCAUAUUUACAGAGAACUCUAAUCUUUUAAAGGAAAUGAUCUGCUUUAAAAUGGACAUGGGUCAGGAUAUUUGUAUUCACGAAACACUGUUCUUAAAGCCCAAGAGUUUGACGUGUAAAACCAUGGAAAGCAAGCUGUAUGUUCACCAUCGUCUCCUAGGUUUCUCUUUUGUUUGCUCUAGCUUGUGCCAUCUAUAUAGAGGUGAUUAUAUUUGCUGUUGAUUAUAUGUAGGAUUUUGUCUGUUUUUACUAGUCCUUAACAAUUGCGAGGAAUUAAUUUGCAUUUGUGAUGUUUUACAUGUUUUUAUUGUGGCUGUUGAAGAUAUCUUUUAAAAAGGGAAAACGGCCAAUUUGAACUGGCGAGGCCAAAUGUGAGAAGCGUAGUGCCAAUGGCUGGUAAUCCAGUUGAUGCUUUUCUCAGGCAAACAUCUCCACAUCAACAAAGGCUGAGUUUUGGACUAUCUGUAGGUCAUUGGACAGCUUUAAUUGGCGUUCAGAGGCCAAGUUUCCAGUUUCAUAAUUAAGAUCUCAUGUUGUGUAUAUUUUUGUAGAAUUGGAUUUAAUUUUAUUUUUUAUUUAUUUAUUUUUUUUGCAUUUGGGGGAUUUGAUUUAAAAGCCUUUUGGAAUAAAUGGCUUGGGCACCUACUUGCUUUUCUGAUUUACAGGUACACCAUUUAAAGCACCAUUGUAGAGUUUGAACACUAAGAACACUAAGGUGACUUAUCACAACUGAGUGCACUACUAAUGUGUCCCUUUCAAUUACUUUAGCUUUUUCAAAGCAAUCUCUCUGAGCCUACAGUAUAAUGAGCCACUCUGAUUGGAUUUUAUUUUUCCUGAUUUUAAUCCCAACUGUGUGUCUGUCCCCAGCCCAGUGCUGCUAUUGUACAGUACCCUACACGCGCCUCUCUGGGGGACAAGACAGUAUAGCGCUAGCCCCCUCAUACGGUCCUGUUCACCAGCAUCAGUCCAGAGCACAGGGGCCCUCCAGCUCCAUGGCGGACGAUGAAACCUGGGUCAGCCGGGAAGGACAUGCUUACUGGACUGCAGCCCAGGGUCUGGCUGAGUGCAGUUCAGCAGCCUCCCUGCAGCCCUACGUGGUCUGGCCUGAUUGCUGGGCAGGCCGUGCCCCGCCACAGUGCCUGAGAGGAGCAGGGGGUUGUGUGCUGGCUCUGCUGGAAAUCACAUGCAGCGAGUUCUCUCUGUCGCUCGCACUCUCCAUCAUUCUAUCUCCCUCCGUCCGUCCCUCCCUCAGUCUGACUUUGUCACGCCCCCUGGUUCUCUCUUGCUCUCGUUCUCAUGCCGUCUCCUGGGUUUCCCACGUUGCUGCUGGCUGUGUUGGUGUAUUUGUUUCAUUCGCUCUACCUCCUCUUUUUUUUUAUCUGUUCUGACAUGCACGAGAGGAAAGCUUCCCACUGUUCUGCUAAAUUGAGAUGUUGCAUACCCAAUCCUUUCCUGCUGCUGCUGUUGCCUCUCUUUCUCCUUUGGUCCAUCCUUCCUUCCUGUGGGCAGGAGCCUGUCGUAGAGUCUGUCCCGCAGGCAGCCAGUAUGACUAUGACCCCAGUCACCCUGGCGCCUCUCAUUGUGGAUCUUUUCCACCGGAUUAUUGCAAGCACUUUGUUUAGUACCUUUAGUUUCUUGUGACUUAUUUAUUUUGUUUGGAAGUUCAGCUGUUCUUCUCAUGCAGCUUUUUCUCUCCACGCAGGGACUUUUAAGACACAGUAUUUAUGAACUGUUUCCUCAAAAUGGUAUUUUUUUUUGUUUUUUUUUUUUUUUUUUUUUUUUUUAAAAAGCUUUGUUUAUGUACUUAAGGUGUUUUCACAUGCAUUCUGAGUAUUACUUUCAUGGCAUGUGUCUGGAGCAGAGUCAACAGAGCGAACUUGGAAAUGUUGUUUGUGACUUUGGGGGGG